CUGACAGUGAAACUAUAAGUAUUGCUUUUUGCGUAGUGGGUUUGGUAUGAAGGAAAUUGGAAGCAAUUGGAUAAGAGUAGUAAUCCAUGUGUAAUAAAGGAAUUGAAUGCCUAAAAAGGGAAUCAUCAUUUCUGCUCGAGGUCACCCAAAUUGGUAAUCAGCAGGAGGAGCAUCAAGCUGUCUACUUGAUGGACAGCCCUACAUUGACCCCAGGCUCAAUCCCGAGUUCUAAUGAUGAAAGCCCACGUGUUAAGUUUUUAUGUAGUUUUUCAGGUAGUAUAUUGCCGCGACCACAAGAUGGGAAGCUGAGGUACGUGGGUGGUGAGACGCGGAUUGUGAGUGUUCCACGCGAUAUUACUUAUGAGGAGUUGAUGGGGAAGAUGAGGGAGCUCUUUGAAGGGGUCAUAAUGUUGAAGUAUCAGCAGCCUGACGAGGACCUUGAUGCUCUUGUGUCAGUUGUGAAUGACGAUGAUGUGACAAACAUGAUGGAGGAGUAUGAUAAGUUAGGUUCUGGUGAUGGGUUCACUAGACUAAGGAUUUUUCUUUUCUCGCCUCUUGAUCAAGAUGGAUCUGUGAAUUUUGUUGAUGGGGAUGAAAGGGACAAUGAGAGGAGGUACGUGGAUGCUUUGAACAGCCUUAAUGAAUCCCCAGACUUUAGGAAGCAGCAGCUUACUGAGUCCCUGAUAACUAGUCCAGUGGAUGAUAUCCUUGCUGCAGAACAAUAUUUUAAUCAGAUGAGUCUUGAGGGUGGCCUCCAUAAUCAGAGAAACUUUGAGAUGCCUAUGCCACAAAUUAAUUUGCGUCACCUCACAAUUCCUCAUAUGGGUUCAGGACAGCUCCAACAUUCUAUUCCCCAGAGGUAUAAUGAAAUGGAGAGUCCAUGGAGUCCUGCGUACUACUCCCCUAGGCAACCCGGACACCAUGAUCCAAGGCCAGUGGCGGAGGUGCCAACUUCACCUUCUUCUGCUCGUCACCGUACCCCAUACGGGGAGUUUUCUGACCGAAGUUUUGAUAGAAUGUCAGAGGAAUACAGUCGACAGCAAGGGAUUCAUCAAUCCCCAUAUGACCACCAGCCACAGUUUAUGGACAAUGUCGUAUUGUUCCCAGGUGGACCUGCAUCUGGCGAUAUGGCAGGUUUUCCAGGUAACAUACGUCAUGGCCCCAAUGUUUUUGACGGAAACAGUAUCUGCGAGCACUGCCGAAUGACUUUCCAAAGGAAUCAACCUUAUCCCGAUUCCCCUUGGAAGCUCGGAGAACAACCACAUCUGGAGCCACCCAACUUGGGGAAUGGAUUUCAUCCGGUUGCUAACUCAUGUGCUGAAUGUCAUCCAAAUAGGGAAAGUUUCAUGUUGACAGACACAAACAUGCACCAUCCAUUCUACCCUAGGGAGCAGAGUGAUCCUCGAUGCCUCUAUAAUGAAAAUCACAAUCAGGAAAGAGGUUGGAUUCUACCACAUCAGAUGAAUACUCGGCCUGAGGAACCAAGAUCACAUGUUGCUGGAGCUGGAAGGUUAACUGAUCACUACACUCUGGAUAGUAACGGUUUGAAUAUUCCUCUUGUGCGUGGUAAUCUAUUAGAUGGUUAUCAUGUGCCCUCACAUUUUGUCCAUCAUGAUGACCCACGGUACAUCCAAGCUGGGCCUGAAUUAGGGAAUCAAGUGUUUCAUGACCAAGCUGUGGGCAUUGGGUCUCACAUCCACACUCCUCCUCAGGAAGAUCGAGGAGUUCGGUAUGGCAAUUUGCCUUAUGCUCAUGGAGUGGAUAACCUUUACCAAGUGUCACAUGGACAUUUACCUGCACAUGCUUUGGUGAGAAAUGCUCAUGACCCUGUGCAUGGGGCUCCCACUUAUGAUGCAUCUGGUUUACCUCAGCUAGCAAAUGUUUCGGUCAGUCCAGGGUUCAUCAGGGGUCCACUGGAGGGUAGUCCCAGGUUGCAGGUUGGGGCAGAAAAUCAGAACUUAUGGGUUGAGUCCUCACAGAAAAUAAUGGGGUUUGAUGGGUCUGCUGCUCCAGAACAUUCUCAUUGCCAUGCCUUAAUACCGACGCCAAACACUUAUAGUCAGGAGAAUCAGCAGUUGGUUAGUCCAGAUCACAUCGAAUCCUCUCCAGACAUGUUAAACCUUACUGAUUUUACAGAUGCUGCACUGCAGGCUGAUUCAGCACCAGUGUUGGCUGACAGUAAGUUGGUCUCUUUUACUGCUUCUGGUCCAGAAUCAAGAAGUGAUGCUAACGUUACUGAAUUAGUCAGGAUGGAGGAGCAAAGUGUUCAUGGAGGUGCAAAAGAAACAAAUCAUGAAGAGAAGGUUGAAGAGUCUAAUAUACAGAGUGUCCCUGGUACAGAACUACACAAGAAUGCUGUUGAUGUGGCAUCUCCCGAGACUAUGUAUUCCAAUGGCUUGGGUCCUGCUGGUGAGAGCAGUGUUGCUAUGAAACCAGAAGAAAAUAAUACUUGUACACAUCUUGAAAAGAAAGUGCUAUCAGAUGACGAUUUGAAUUAUUUACCAGAGAUGAUUGCAUCUAUAAAGAAGGCGGCAUUAGAUAGUGUUGAGGGGGGGAAAGUUAAAGUCCAAGAAAAUAAUGAUACCGUUGUUGAGCAUGGUGAAGCCACAAAAGAAGAACCUCGUAAUGAAUCUGAAGCAGUGUAUACACAUGGGGAGUUGGAGUUGGAUUCUGAUAAUGAAAAUGUUGACAGUACAAAGAUUGAGCCAACAAAGGCUGAGGCAGAAGCUAUUGAUAGGGGAUUGCAGACAAUUAAGAAUGAGGAUCUGGAGGAGAUCCGAGAACUAGGCUCUGGCACAUAUGGAGCUGUUUAUCAUGGGAAGUGGAAGGGGUCAGAUGUGGCAGUAAAGAGAAUCAAAGCUAGCUGCUUUGCUGGGAGGCCAUCUGAAAGAGAACGCUUGAUUGCAGAUUUCUGGAAGGAGGCAUUAAUAUUAAGUUCAUUGCACCAUCCAAAUGUUGUUUCUUUCUACGGUGUAGUUCGUGAUGGCCCUGAUGGAUCUCUAGCAACUGUGACAGAAUUCAUGAUUAAUGGUUCCUUGAAACAAUAUCUAAAGAAAAAGGACAGAACAAUUGAUCGUCGUAAGAGACUCCUCAUAGCUAUGGAUGCUGCAUUUGGAAUGGAGUAUUUACAUGGAAAGAAUAUUGUGCAUUUUGAUCUAAAAUGUGAAAAUCUACUAGUAAACAUGAGAGAUCCACAUCGGCCAGUGUGCAAGAUUGGUGACCUUGGCUUAUCGAAGGUAAAACAACACACUUUGGUAUCAGGAGGUGUUCGUGGAACUUUACCCUGGAUGGCACCGGAGCUGCUUAGUGGAAAAAGUAACAUGGUAACAGAAAAGAUUGAUGUUUACUCAUUUGGGAUUGUUAUGUGGGAACUGCUCACCGGUGAUGAACCUUAUGCGGAUAUGCACUGUGCUUCCAUAAUAGGAGGAAUUGUGAACAACACAUUACGUCCACAAAUUCCAACAUGGUGCGACCCCGAAUGGAAAUCUUUGAUGGCAAGUUGUUGGGCCUCUGACCCGGCACAGAGGCCAUCAUUCUCAGAAAUCUCUCAAAAGUUGAGAAAUAUGGCUGCAGCAAUGAAUUUGAAAUGA